UUUAUUGAACAGAGAUUGUCCAAACGAAGAAGUGAAAUAUUUUUUAUACACAAGACGUCACCCACAAAAUGCCGAAGAAAUAACUGUAGGUCAUAGUUUAGAAACAUCAAACAUUCUACAAACAUCCUUCAGAAAAAACCGACCAACAAAAAUUGUUAUUCAUGGUUAUAAUUCAGAUAUGUUCCUUAACGCUUUAAUCGAAGUAAAAAAUCAAUACCUGAUGAGGAACGAUAUGAAUAUCUUCGCGAUAGAUUGGGGAUCUAUUGCGCAAGGACCUUGCUAUCCUGCCGCCGUUUAUAAUUCUAGAAUUGCUGGAAAAUGUUCUGCUUUACUAAUUGAAAGGCUUAAAGAAUUACAUGUAGAGAAUAUUCACGUUAUCGGAUUUAGUUUAGGAGCCCACGUAUCGGGAUUUAUAGCAAAUGCUUUAUUUCCUUAUAAACUUGCCAGAAUAACUGGGUUAGAUCCCGCAAUGCCGGGAUUUGCAACAGUUCCAAACAGUCAAAAAUUAGAUGCUUCCGAUGCAGAAUUUGUUGACGUAAUUCACACAAAUGCUUUUUUUCAAGGACAAAUUCAAGAAUCUGGUCACGUAGAUUUUUUUGUGAAUGGUGGUGUAGUUCAACCAGGAUGUUGGGCCGAUAAUAGAUUUUUAGCUUGUAAUCACCACAGGGCGCCGUUUUAUUAUGCGGAAUCAAUCAAUUCAGAAAACGGCUUUUGGGCUUGGCCUUGUACGAAUUAUUUUUCUUACCUAGCUGGACGAUGCCCACCACGCGAACCACAAAUUAUAAUGGGAGAUUUAACAAAAAAAAGUGCAACUGGAAUGCAUUUAGUUAUCACAGAUUCGGUUUCACCAUUUGCUGUUGGAAAAUUUACUGGACCAACUAUUGAUAUUUUUAAACAAAAUAUUGAAACAACCAGAAUAAGUGAUUAUGAACGGUAUAAACAAAUGAUGAUAAUUGGUUGUACUAACAAUUAUAACACAGGAGAAUGUGAUAAUAAUGUUGUCGACUCUGGAGAUAAUUUGCUUUACGAUAUUUUUCCAUAA